UAAUAAGUGUUUCCUGUGAAAUAAACUGCAAACCUCGUGGAAUAUUGCUAGUAACUAGAGUUAAAAUGGAGAGAGACUGAAAAAGUGAUCGAUUGAGGACCUAAAAUUGAAUGCUGUUGAGAGUUUACAAGGAGUUCCUUAUCUAGCAGUUGGCAAACAUCUUUAUGGGCCUGCUACAGAUAUGACUUUAAGAUGUUGCAUCAGCAAACAAUGCGAUCAACAUAAUAAUGCUCCUUCUGAAUCAACUUGCUACCUAAUUGGCCUAGCUAUAGCUACUUGCUGCCAUCAUCUUUGUCAGUUGAAGCAUUACAUAAAUAAGCGAUAUAUGUUGGAUUUGGGAAUCGGUAAAGAUGAUUUCAAUGCCAUGACAUGGUUUACCAGCUGGGCCGUUGAUGCAGAACAUGGUUCAGAUCUUUGUGGCACUGAUUGGUCUUUUGAUCUACAGAUCAGGAAAAACAAGCAUGGAGAAUCGGAUCUAAAUACAUAUGAAGUCAAAGACCUGGUGAAGAAUAUGAAGGCUGUGGAUAGAGCCGUUGUAGGAUUGAUGUGCAAAGAUAUAAUAGAUGUUGGGAGGUUCAUGUGGCUCAAGGAACAUGGACUUGAGUGUGAGCUUCUCAAGUAUGUCCCGUCAAAUAUCUCUCCAGAAAACCGUUUGUUGGUUGCUAGGCAGAAAAGUUGAGUGUUAAAGUGCUGCUGUACACCAUAUUUGUAUCCUCAGAUACUUAGUUUUCUGAGACCUGUAGCUCUAAUUCACAUUUCGAUAAUUUAUUCGGAAUAUUAUCUUCUCUUUUAAGUAAAGGUGUCUUGGAGGGUCACAUUGUUUUGAUAUUUGGUCCCAGUUUAGGCAAAAGAUUUUUUUAUGUAAGUCCUUUGUUGUUGAGGUUGAGGAUCGAAGUCUGUACGUUGGAAACCUGCCUUAGUACAAACAAACAAGGCUAAAUGUGAGAGUCCAGUUCAUAGUUGUUGAAUUCUACUACCUCAAUUUCCUCUGUCAAACUAAUGAAACGAAGAA